CUUACCCAAGGUUCAGUACCAGCCAGAAUCCUUGACCAGGUGCUCACGUUCCUAAAAGAACACCUUCUUCAUUGGUUUGAAGCUAUGGACAUUCUGGGGAUAAUAUCUGAAGCCAUAAUAGCAGUGAAUUCAUUGCUCCAACUGACCAGAGAUAUAUCCAGUAAUAAGAUGCAUGUUUUCCUCUUAGAUGCGCGCAGAUUUAUCCUAAAAUUGGCACAAAUUAUUGAUACGGCACCACUGCAACUGUACAGCUCUGGCCUGAUUUUUGCACCACAUAAAACGUUGAUCGGAGAGACCUUUGAGAGCGAACUUCCUGCUUGGUUAUCCAGAGGUCCAAAGGUAGAGGAGUAUUGGGAUCCAGAGAUGCAAACGCUGGAGGGCCAUUCUAACUGGGUUAUCUCGGUCGCCUUCUCAAACAACGGGCAGCUGCUGGCAUCCGGCUCGGUCGCCUUCUCAAACAACGGGCAGCUGCUGGCAUCCGGCUCAGCCGAAAACACUAUCAAGCUAUGGGACGCGGCCACAGGCGCUCUCAAGUAUACAUUGGAGUGCCAUUCCAACGCGGUUAACUCAGUCGCCUUCUCAAACAAUGGGCAGCUACUGGCAUCCGGCUCAGCCGACAAGACUAUUAAGCUAUGGGACGCGGCCACGGGCACUCUUAAACAUACAUUAGAGGGCCAUUCCAACGCGGUUUUCUCAGUCGCUUUCUCAAACAACGGGCAGCUACUGGCAUCCGGCUCGGCCGACAACACCAUCAAGCUGUGGGAUGCGGCCACGGGCGCUCCCAAGUAUACAUUAGAGUGCCAUUCUAACUGGGUUAUCUCGGUCGCCUUCUCAAAUAACAAACAGCUGCUGGCAUCCGGCUCGGCCGACAAGACUAUUAAGCUGUGGGACACGGUCACUGGUACUCUUAAGCAUACAUUGGAGGGCCAUUCUAACGCGGUUUUCUCAGUCGCCUUCUCAAACAACGGGCAGCUACUGGCAUCCGGCUCGGCCGACAACACCAUCAAGCUGUGGGAUGCGGCCACGGGCGCUCUCAAGCAUGAUAUAAGCACUGAUGAUAUUACCACCGACAUUCAAUUUUCAGAGCAGCUGCCAUUAUUAAUUACUAAUGUAGGAUCUUUCAAUAUCUAAAACUACUAUGAAAGCUUCUCAACUUCCUCCGAGAAGGUAGCAGAGGUAUCUCUGGGAGCAGAUCGAUGGGUUACUAUUCAGGGUCAAAGAGAACUAUAACUACCUCCAAAUUAUUAUCCUUCCUCAUCAACGGUCAAAAACAGCACUAUUGCAGUUGGUAGUACGAGCGGCAGAGUUGCCAUAAUUGCAUUCUCUGUCAUAUAAGGUAUCCUGUGGUGGACUGCAUUCCUAACUCUCUAAUUUUUCAAAUCUCUUGUUAAAAGAAGGGUAAGGGAGAAGGGGGCAUUAUAUAGUAU